AUGGAGGCUGAAGAAGCUGGCGGGCGGGGAAAGGAGCGCCAAAAAAUAAACUUUGGGACAUAUGAUAAUUACAUCCCAGUCAGUGAAUUAAGUAAAAAAUCAUGGAAUCAGCAACAUUUUGCCCUGGUAUUUCCCAAACCACCACGGCCAGGAAAAAGAAGGAGAUCAAAACCUUCCCAACUACAAGACAAAACAGUUCCUAGAUAUGAUGAAGACAAAUUAAGGGGAGGUCACAAACCACCAUUAUGGAUGCACCGUUCUUUAAUGAGAAUUUCUGAGAGACCAUCUGUUUAUUUAGCUGCUAGGAGGCAGCCUCCACAGAAACCAGCUCAACACUCCAGGGAGGAUGCUAAAGAUGUAGCAAAACCUUUAUCUCCAUCAAUAAUUAAGAAAAGUAAGGAAGACAAGAAGGACAAAUCAGAUUCAGAAGCAGAGUCCACAGUUUCAGAGGAAAAACUUAGGAAAGGUUCAAAGAAAGAACCAGGAGCUAAAGAAGAGAAAGCAGAUGCAAAGAAAGAUGUCAAAAUAGAGAAAAAAUGUUCAAAGAAGGGCAAGGAGUCAGUUACAGAAUCUGAAGAUGAAAAAGCAGGUGCAAAAAAAGGUUCUAAAAAAUACAAGAAAGGUUCAAAGAAGGACAAAGACUCAGGUACAGAAUCAGAAGGUGAAAAAGGAGAUGCAAAGAAAGACUCUAAAAAAAAUAAGAAAGGGUCAAAGAAGGGCAAGGAGUCUGAUACAGAAACAGAAGGUGAAAAGGGAGAUGCAAAGAAAGAUUCAAAAAAAGAUAAGAAAGGUUCAAAGAAGGGCAGGGAGUCUGCUACAGAAUCAGAAGGUGAAAAAGGAGAUGCAAAAAAAGAUUCCAAAAAAGAUAAGAAAGGUUCACAGAAGGGCAGGGAGUCUGCUACAGAAUCAGAAGGUGAAAAAGGAGAUGCAAAGAAAGAUUCCAAAAAAGAUAAGAAAGGUUCACAGAAGGGCAGGGAGUCUGCUACAGAAUCAGAAGGUGAAAAAGGAGAUGCAAAGAAAGAUUCCAAAAAAGAUAAGAAAGGUUCAAAGAAGAGCAAGGAGUCCAUUACAGAAUCAGAAGGUGAAAAGAAAGAUGGAAAGAAGGAUAAGAAAGGGAACAAGGAUUCAAAGAAACCUGGUGAGAAAGGAGAUGAAUCAAAGGACAAGAAAGAUUCAAAGAAGAAGGAGAGUAAAAAGGAUAAGAAAGAUGAAAAGAAGCCCGGUGAGGCAGAUAAUGAGUCAAAAGAUGCUGCCAAGAAAGAAAAGAAAGAUACCAAGAAAGAAAAGAAAGAUGCCAAGAAAGAAAAGAAAGAUGCCAAGAAAGAAACUGACACAGAAUCUGCUGAGUCAAAGAAAGAUGCCAAGAAGGAUGCAAAGAAAGAUGCCAAGAAGGGCAAGUAG